AAUAUUUCAUAUUUAUUUGCUUUCCGUUUCUGUUUUUCGGCUCUCCCUCCGCUCUCCCGAGCUCCUUGCACUCGCACCUGUACAGGUGAGAUAUGGACAGCCGAUCGACGACACGGGGUGCACUUCGUGGGCCCCGAUUCUUCGUCGGGAGCUGGUGUUUUAAACUUCACCGUCAAAUCCGACGUUUCAGUUACGUUCCGAGUCGCGACAAGUGCAUGUAGUGCCGCCCCGAUCCCAGCGAUCGCCAAGAUAUGGGCCACUCAGUGUGGAAGGUGCCUACGUGUAGCUACUCCGCUCCAUGGAGCCAUCCGAGUCCCGGGCAGCGAAUUACUUGGGCCAAGGGAAUGCAAACUGUGAUGCCUAGUAGUUUGUUCGUUUGGCUUAAGUUAUUUUCAUGUCCGACUAAAGCGCCACGUGGUGGAGAUCGGUUCUAAUCGGAUCGGAUUGGAUAUUCAUGGUGCAUGUGGUAUCUCUCAAUCAAGGAAUCGGGUGAACUAGUGCGUUGGCCACGCUUGGGCAUCCUAACUGGCUACGUCAUCAGGUGAGGAUCGGGGUGUGUGUGAGUGUGAGUGUGAGCACCUGAGCAGCGCCUCCUCGAAGCCCCAUCGAUCUGGAAUGAUUAGCCUGGCGCUGAUACCGAAGAGCGACGUGAUUCGCUCCGCUCCCAAAAAGUAGACGCCGGCUGAUUAAUUCCGCCGCCAUAGUCGGCUUCCGUUUGGUUUUCGGAGUCCGAUUCCGAAUUCGAAUCCGUAUCCGAAUGGAGCACUGCUCUUCGGAUGGGCGUUCGGGUUCGGGCUGGGAAUCGACUCCACUUGGUGCGCUGGCACGGUCUCUCGGGCCGUAAACCCAUUAUCACUAUAUUGGUUGUACGAUUUGCGGAUCCGUCGCCAGUUGGCCGACUGUAAAAUCUGAUUUUUGUAGACGUGUCGUCGCUUCGCCACAACCGAUUCGAUAUGGCUGGGGAAACUGACUUGGGAACGAGAUAAGAACUCUGGUCUGGAAAGGCACAGAGAGAAAAACAGAGACAUAUGGUGAUCAUUUCGAAGAUCUAUCAUCACACCACCCAGGACUGAAUUGAUAUGUGGAAAUAUUCAAAGGGUUGAAUUGAACUGGGGGGAUAUGAAAAGAUAUCCUUUUGAUAGCGACUUGAAAUUGAGGUAUCUAUGUUAUCCUGGGAGCAUUAAGUUGGUUUUUCCCAGUGCAGUGGGGUAGCAAAGGGUUUCUGGGUAGGACAAACGUGGCACUCGGCGAGUGUAAGGCGAAAAGGUAGCCGAAACCAAACUGAUAAUUGUGCAACGUACACAAACCUUGCUCGCAUUGCUCCACUUGCUCGCGGGUUAUCAGUUGGAGUGACAAGCGGAAAUUAAAGUUGAAAUCGACACGAUUAUUUCAUUAGUUCUGUUUAGUUUGCGAAGGGCCGAACAAGUGAGCAUAUGCCCGGGGGGUGGAAGUGGGUGGUAUCCGAAAGGUCGGGCAGGAGUCGGCAAGGUCACCCGGAUGUUUAUAUUCGGCAGUCUAGUUGCCGAUUGACGGAUUGAUUGUCAGUGGCCAUAACUAACCAAUUAGCGAUUGCCAUUCGUAGCAGGCAAAGCCAGGCACAUCCUUGGGUGGUUGGAUCGGGUGGGUUGGACCUGCUGCCUCACCAGGUGGCUCGGGUGCUCCAAGGUGAAACGCAAUCAGAAAUAAGUGCGCCCAGCCAAGUCGAGUUAAGCUGGAGACUUGGACCCAAUUCCAUCAGGUGCAAGCGACAGAAACAGCGAAGACAAACAGAGGCCACGUUUUCGCUAAGGGGAGUACAGUGAAGCCUCCAAAAAGGGUUCAGUUUCGCAGAAAGCCGCCUUAAUCCUAGAUAUUGUUCAAAAAUAAGGCUAAUAAAACACAAAACUCCGAUUAGAUAUAUACUCUGGUCAGCUUUAAGGAGCUUCCACUGUUGGAGGGCACGAGUGGAACCCUGGGAAGAUGUCAUUGGUUUGGACGUGGACGAAAGCGAAAGGUGUAGACGCAGACAGAGACGGAGACAGAACUUCAGCGAAUAUGCCAAGGUACGUCAAAAGAAAUGAAUUACCCCGGACUGGAGUCGAAGGCUCGAGGGGAGGGGGAUGUCUCGAGGAGGGAGUGGAAAAGUGCUCCAGCCCCCAAGUCGCACUUUACUGCAAAUGCAAAAACUUUAGACAGGGAAUCAAUUGUUGUUACCUUGUUUUAUUUCGCCCAAGACACGCAACAACAAUGGAACCGUCAAAAGGGAGAGGCCAAGAUGGAGAACACGGCGAGAAGACAUUCUAAUACUCGUAGUACAAUGCCUCGGGUCGACAGGGCGUAUUAAAAUGUAGCAGCAUGAUAUUCAUAAAAAGGAUAUGAGCAACCAUCAAAGAGUCCUUAUCAAUAGAGCUCCAGCAAGUAAAACUCCUCCAACUUGCAAUUCUAGAUCACAAACCCAUAAUAUGCUUUGUAUUUUUAUAACCAGUAGCUUGCGAGGUUAUAUGCGCAAUAAAUUUUAUGAUCGGAAAUUUGUAUGCGAUAAGUACUGUUUCGAGUUAGGAUCAUAAAUGUUUUAUCUUCGAAAAAAGUAUUUGAUUUUGCUUAUGGUAUAAGUGCUACGAUGAUGAUCAAAUACUUAAAGUUUAAGCAAAAAUAGGGAUAACAACUCAUUGCAGGCUAGUUUUUCUCGCAGUGCCUCUGGUAACUAGCAACAAAUGGGCAGUCGGCAGUUGGGGGCGUGACAGCAACCGUGAAAAGAACUCGAGGAUGACAGUUAUGGGUUACAAAGGCAAGGAUUGAAUCAAAUAAAUAAACGCGCAAGGUUCUCGUCAUGGAGCGCGGCUCACUGGGUCGGAUACAGGGGGCGGGGAUUUAUAUGGGAUUCGAUUGAACGGGUUGAGCUGGGGAUUCGGGCAUGGGCAUUGGCAUGGGCCUGGGGGUAACCUUACCACGUCCACGUCCACGUCCAUGUCAAGUUUGCAUGCGGCUGCAGGUAAUUCCCCAUUUCACCCGCCUUUACAUAAUCACAACAAAUGAACGAGGAAAGGCGACGGAUGGCGAAUCUAUUAGCAUAAGGGCGCAUAAAACGGCGCCGUAUUUGGAUCCGGCUGGAUUCCAUCGAGGAUUCGCACUCGUCGACUCAGUUGCAGUGGAGCCGUGGAGCCGCGAUGAACGUCUGGAAAGCAAAGGUCCUAACGGAAGUCCCCUUCGGACACGUCCUCAUCGUCAGUGGGCGCGUCAAGCCUCAUCCGAAUAAAAUUUCGCUGGACCUAACGGAUAAUGUGAACGCGCAGAACGAGAGCGAAACGGUGUUCCUGAAGAUCGAGGCCAACUUCCGCGAGGGCCAGAUCAUCCGCAGCAUGUUCCAGCCGGGCGAGGGAUGGCAGCAGGAGGAGAUCUCCAAGAACUGGAAGUGCGACGGCCCCAAGAAUCCGCUGCAGCCGGGCCAGAGCUUCACCUUCCGGGUGGCGGUGCUGCAGCGAUGCUUCGAGAUCUACGUGAACGAUCAGUUGUACGGGUCCUUCGAGUUUGUGAAGUUCCCCAAGCAAAUCAACUACGUGCGCACCUACGGGGACUUCGAGAAGAUCACUCAGUUCCACCACCGCAUGCUCUUUCCGCUCGUCUUCCCCAGAACGCUCAUGUGUCCGGACAAGGUGGCCUUCCAGAGCGACGUGCCCAGGCGAUACGAAACCGGUACUGUGGUGGCCAUGGAGUGCAUCGCCAAGGGGCCACCGACCACGGAGUUCUCCAUAUGCUUCCAGUGCAACGACACCGGGAGGACGGUGCUCCGGUUCCACGUGAACUUCGAUCGGACAACGGUGUCACGCAGCUACCAGCGCGAGGACAACAGCUUUGCCUUAAGCGACGAGGAGACCGAGGGCGAAUUCCCAUUUGUGCGCGGAAAGCUCUUCAAGAUCGCCUUUGGGCUCGGGGAUCGGGCUUUCCUGAUCGCCGUCAACGGGCAGUACUUCACCUACUACAACUUCCCCGGACGCCCCUUCUCCAUAUCCACCCUGAAGUGUUUCACCAACGAAGUGGGCGACUUCGCCGUGAGGAGCAUGGAGUACCACUCGGAUUCCCCGCUUCUGUCCCGCGUGGAGAAGUUGUCCAUCAUUUAAUCGAAAGUGAUUCCUGUAGUCUUCUAUAAUCGAUUCGAUUUCUCGUAGUAUGCUCUUUGUUCAAUCGUUGGCUUUGAUCACCGUACAGCACCAGUUAACUUCUUCUUGUGAGCAUAUAAAUAAAGCAAAGCAGCUCUCCAAACUUACAAAGUAAUAUAUAAUUCCUAG